CGCGUGCACACGGUGUAAAAUCGAUACAGCACCACCGCGUUUUUUCACCGCGUGCUGUAUGGACACAAUGAAGCGCCCGCUUUCUUUGUGCUGAUCCUAGCAACCCAUCUUUAAUGUGGUUUCCUUCGUACGAUUCGGUCAGGAUAAACGGCGACGGCAAAAUGUAGCGUAGUGUACCGGUUGUGGGCAAGCAGAAACAGUAGCAGCUAGCAUUUGGGAUGGAUUUUCUUUCGACCGUGGCCAACAUUUUCGAUGGCGACUGUACGGUUGCCAUCGGAGGUAGGAAGGACUGUGACCGGGAGCGCCAGUUCGUGCUUUCGGAGUUCAUCGGUGAAAUUGGAAUGUGGCUCGACGAGAAGCUUAAUGAUCAUCCGUUCGAUCCACACCCAUCGUACGAACCGGCGGAAGGAAGGCUCGGUCCCAGGCGAACCGUGUUCGACGUGACGGAUGACGGAUCGAUACUGGUGUCGAAGGAUAAGCUGACGCUUCAGUCCCAGAACGCCUUCUCGACGGUUAAAGCAAACUGUUGCGUGUACAGCGGCCGCUGGAUGUAUGAGGUUCAGCUGCGUUCGAAGGGCGUCAUGCAGAUUGGCUGGUGUUCGGCACACUGUAAAUUUACGCAGGAUACCGGUGUUGGGGACACGCGGUACAGCUACGGAUUGGACGGCAGUAAGCAACGAAUCUGGCACGUUUACACGCAAAAGUAUGGACCGUUCUGGCGGUCGGGCGAUAUAUUUGGCGUGUGUGUCGAUAUGGAUGGCGGGCGCAUCGAGUACUAUCGUAACGGUGCACCGCUUGGGGAAGCAUUUAAGGACAUUGAACGUGGACCCGGCUUGGCACUGUAUCCCGCCGUAUCGCUGGCGUUUAACGAUAGCCUCACCGCCAACUUUGGUGGAUCUCCGUUCAAGCAUCCGGUCGAGCGGUACAGACCGCUGCAGGAAGCACCGGAUGUGGCACUGUACCAGGCGGACUGUCUGUUGAAAUAUCUCGUCAAUCUUUCCGGUGCCAUUUCGCAGCACGCCAGAGUUACCAACGGUGGGCCGAAAGCGUCGUCCACCGGACCAGUAACACCGGAAUCGAUGUACAUGCUGUUGGCCGCCUGUCUCAUCGAACGGAUCGCCCCGUUGCUGGGCAAUGCGUACGUGGUGGAAGAUAAGGUGUUCAGCUACAUCCGGGGGAUGUGUGUGCUGCGCAGCAACAGCCACGGUGGGAAGAAUGAAGCACCCACCCAGCCGGGCGCACCGGAAAGUACGCUCGGCACCUUCCUGACCCUGCUGUGGACGUACCUGGAGCAGGAGGAGAUGAAGCUGUUUCUGAAAAAAUUGCUCAACUAUCUUGCCAACACGUACAAGGAAACGCCGGUCGAUUUGGAGUACGAGAAGCAGCGCAAAAUCAUCGUCAUACUGACGUGCGUGUGCAACCAUCCGGCUACCCGGAAGUAUUUGCUCGAGUACAAAUUCUUCAAGAAGAACUGUUUGCCGCUGUUCCUGUACACGAAACCGCCGGACGAGUCGACGCUCGAGCAGCUGCUGCCGGACGAUCACAUCUGGACGGAAGGGUUGGGUGGUGCGAAGGAAACGUAUUUGGCCGCGUGCGAGCGGCUAAAGGCACACACGUCCGUACUAUACACGCUGCAGAAAAAUCUUAUCCACAUUCUGAUGAACAACGGGGAUGGGAACGGUUCCAGCUCGCCCAGCAGCAGGAGAAUCUUUGUGGCAAAGGUCCGGAAGUUCGUUAUGGAAAACAAUGUAGAGCUGCGGGGCUUAUACUCCUCGACAACACAGCCCGCGAUUGGUCUGUCUUUUCUCUGUACCCUGCUGGAUGUGGCCAAAACACUGUGGGAGGAGGAGUGUAAGCAAGAGCACGGUUUGGAUGGGAAAUCGGUUGCACCAACGAUUGACUGUCGCUUUUUCUAUGACGGAACAUUUAAAUACUCGAACCUUGACCGUAUCGGGGGCGUACUGUCCUACCUGCGCAAACACUUCCGCUCGCAGCUGGUCGAACGUUUGGGCGCCGACCAUCCGAGUGUGGUUUCGGUGGAUCAGCCAAGCGAUUUGCGGAGCGAAAUUGCCGCGUUCAAUGUGUUUCUCGAUUCGGCCAUGUUUCUCGUGUCCGGUGGUCCCUCCACCGCCUACUCCCUAGUCUCCCGUGCGGCCAACAGCAUCCCGGACCGGCAUCAACAACCGACUGGCCAGCACAACGCCAUCGACGUGCUAGACGACGGGCCGCUCUCCAGCACAACCGCACCGGGUGGUCAACCAUCGCCCAAAUGUGGAUCCGGCACGACGAUCGGUUGCGGCCCGUUGGAUUCGUACCGGGCCGUGUGUGAGCUGCUCGAUUGUUGCGUGAUAUUUUACAACGCCGUUGCGCACAAGUACGUCGUGAUGAUAGCGGACCUGCGGGAUAACAUUACCCACCUGUCGGACAUACUGCUCGAAACGAAGAGCAACUGUGACGAAGUGAUGCACAAUCUGGAGGAGCUGAAGCGGUGCACGAUCGGUGCGGCCGGUGCUGCUUCCGGCCAGGGACAGAAAACGCACGAGGAGUUGCUGAACGAGCUGGAGGCACGGUUCGGACAGCGAAAAAGCAUAUUUGCGAAACGAUCGAUGGAGCUUGCCCGAAAGCAGGCCUGGUACCGUUCGGUAGCGCUUGGGACGCAUCGACGCCGUCUGCUGUGCUGGCUGCUUGGGAUAAUCUUCGAAACGCUGCACACUUUCAGCUCGGACGACGUGCUGUUCGCUUUCCUGCCCGAAACGUACAUCAACGUAACGCCCAUCCUGCUCGAUACGGUGCUCGAUUUUAGCUUUCACGACACGGCCAUCCAACACGAGCUUGCCGGCGAUAGCGAACUAAUCCGAUCGGCGGCCAACUUCCUCGCCAAACACUUGGCCGAUCCGCGCGUCAUCCUUGCCUCCUGCAAGGACGCUCUCAUCCAAGCGCUCGGCUCGCUGACGUGCCAUGAGGCGGGCAUUCGUGCACUGGAGAGCGCAUCCGCGGAAAAUCAACACGCGCUAGUGCGAGCUUUGCUGCGACCGUACGAAAAUCGGGCCUGGGGUCAGAGCAACUGGUUGCUGCUACGGUUCUGGCUCGGCGAUGGGUUUGCUUAUCGUGAAUCACGGCCACCGUGCGUGUGGCAGGCGGGCAAAGAUCCGGCCGCCACACAACGAUCACUCGGACUGUACCGAAGCCGGGCAAAGAAUGGAUCUCACACGGGCCUGCUGCAUCUGAUCGCUCCUGCCUGCCCGUCGAAGCAUUUCCAGCGCUUAAUCAGCGAAACGCUCAGCAAAGACGAACCGUACUGUACGACGUUUUUGAACUCGGUUCUUUCGCAACUGAACUGGGCGUUUUCCGAGUUUAUUCACAUCCUGCAGGACAUUCAAAACAUAUCGCAACGGGACGAGCAGCUGUCGAUCGAAACGAAACAGCUUAAAAUCUGUUCCAUGUGCUUCGAGCUAACCGUCUCGCUGAUGCGUGCGCUGGAGAUGAUCGUCACGAUCACGCCCAGCCUGCUGCAGGACGCAACGCGCGCCAACAGUGAGAUCAUUCUCAGCCGCAUCUGUCAGCUCGCGAUACAGGUGCUGUCGCGCGUUACCGUACCGCCCGGAUGUUUUCAGCACGUGAUGGACCUCUGCCUGCCGGAUCUGAGCAACGUGACGCACUUUGCGAUCAUUAGCGCAGCGAUCGGUAUGCUGCUGGCGCUGAUGCGCCACGAGCUCGGCAGCUCGACGGAGUGCAUUACGAAAAUUCCGCGCAUCUCGAAGUAUCUGCUCACGGACACGAGCUUCCACAUUGCCAGCCUGGAGUAUGCGCUCGGUGAGGUCAAGACACCGAUCACGAACAGCAGCGGGGAAGCACCGAGAGGGAACUUUGAUCCGAAGAUGCGGGCCCACAUUGAUCCGCUUACGAAUGAGGUGCGGGUUCCGUCGCCGUUCCGGAAGGCGGGUGGUGCUGGUGGGUCGGUUGGCAUGAAGGAGAUCAUCCCGGAUCCACCCAUCAUCAAGUUCAACAUGGCUGACUAUCCCAGCCAUGUUCUGCCGGAAGAGGUGGGACAGAUUGCGAGACUGAUUGAGAUACUGCAGCUGCGCCAAACACUGCUGUCGGAGAUAACGAUCCUGUCGGAGGACUCGCUGUGCCCGAUCUGCUACGCCAAAUCCAACUCGGCUGCAUUCGACCCGUGCCAGCAUCAAUCUUGCGAGACCUGCAUUAUGCAGCAUCUAAUGAACAGCAAGCAAUGUUUUUACUGCAAAAUUCUCAUCACACGCGUCACACGCCAGGAUGGAGCGGUCAUUUACGAGGCUUGCAAUACACCACCCGCACCACCACCCUCCUCCUCCAUUGUACCCCGGAUGGAAGUUUCGCCGAUGGUGUUAACAUCCUCCACGCCGAUGCCAGAGGAAGAAGAGCAAAGUCCUGCUGACACGCCGGCUGUCAUCGACAACGCUGGCGAUGAUUUUGAUGGACCACGAGCCGGUGAAACAUGAAGCAAAAAUAAGCGUCACAUUCCCACAUAGGUUUAGAGAGGAAGCUUUUGAAGCGGAUCGCUUACCCGUUCAUUCAUAUCGUCUGUUUUUGUUUUCUAUGAAGGCUUUAUGCGUGACUCAAACAUUCUAGUCAAUCGAAACCCGUUUCGUUUAGGGGCGGACGGAGCUUACCACCUUCGCGCGCAAACAUUAUUCGUAGCUUUAAAGCGUCGCAAUGAUCUCCUAUAUAAAAAGAAGACCACCAACUUUCGUAGAUCGUAGAUGAUUCGGAGCGUGGUUGGAACACGAUGGUGUCGCUCUCUACAACAUCUCUAGCUAGCUAAUCUUUUCAACUUAUGCUGGACCGGGUGUCCGUUCCAUAUUGAUUUGUGUCCUCUAGAACCACCUUACCUCAAUCUACCACUUUUGCUCAGCUCACAUAUACGUACCGCGCGGUAUAGGCUUUACAGGAGACUUACAGAAGCGCACAUGUAACGGAUUCGCGUACAAUUAUUAUCUACCACGGAGAAGGAUCGAAGGACGGGAGGAGUACUAUGCUUGGUGCUGCUUGGUAUGUGUGUUCAGCAGAUGUGUUCCUAACGUAAAGUAAAAUCAAUUUUAUGCUUAACACAUUUAAA